AUGGCGACGGCGGAGCAGAAGGGGAAGAGGCCGAGGAUGGAGGCGGAGGAGGGCAACAGCAUCGACGACGCCCUACUGCUCUCCAUCGAGAAGCUCCAGGAGAUCCAGGACGAGAUCGAGAGGGUUAAUGAGGAAGCCAGUGAUAAAGUCUUGGAGGUGGAACAGAAGUACAAUGAAGUUCGCAGGCCAGUUUAUACUCGACGGAAUGAAAUUAUCAAGGAAAUUCCGGACUUCUGGUUGACUGCGUUUCUAAGCCAUCCUAUGCUUGGUGAACUUCUGACUGAAGAUGAUCAAAAGAUAUUCAAACACUUGGUGUCUAUCGAUGUGGAUGAGUUUCAAGAUAUUAAAUCAGGCUACUCCAUUACUCUUGCAUUCUCUUCUAAUCCAUAUUUUGAAGAUACAAAGCUUACAAAAACAUGUUCAUUCAGUGAUGAUGGGAAAAUAACUGUGAAGGCCACCACCAUCAAUUGGAAGAAUGGAAUGGAUAUUGCAAAUGGAAAGGCAUACACGGAGAAUGGGGAGAAACGACUAUUGAUUGAUGAGAGUUUCUUCACUUGGUUCAAUGAUGCAAAGAACAAAAGUUUUUCUGAUGGAGUGAUGGAUGAGGUGGCAGAUGUUAUCAAGGAAGAAUUGUGGCCUAAUCCUUUGAAGUAUUUUAACAAUGAGGCUGAAGAUGAAUUUGAAGAUGACGAGGAUGAAGAGGGAUUUGAUGAAGACGACGAUGAUGAAGAUGAAGAAGAGGAGGAAGAUGAUGAGGAGUGA